AUGUUUCCAUUACAAGCCAUUAUGCCUCUUUGUGUCUGUCUCUCAAUUUUCCGACGACUCUCGAAGUGGCGGCCACUUCUAUUCUACACCAUGGCGUGGACGGUCCUUCUAACGGCAACAGUGGCAGUGGCAUCGUUCUCGGCCGAGAUUGCAUUUGUGAUUGCCGUGUCACCGUCUUCGUCUUUCUCGCGGCCUUGUAAUGUGGUAAGAACCCGGAUUCCGGUGGAUGUUCGUGUGCUAGCCGGUUCACUUGGUGAAGAGGUCUGGUUCGGAUGUCAUUGUGCCAACCGUUUUUGUUGCUUCGGUUGUGGCCGGUUCUACAUGCAUGAUUCGAGCCGUGGGCUUGUAAAGCUCACCAAAGCAGUUGAUUUGAUUUGA